CUCAACAGCAAAAAUCUAAAAAGAAGUAAGAAAGAGAAAGAGAGAGAGAGAGAGAGAGAGUUUGUUCGAAAGAUAAAAGAGAUUAUUUGAGAAGAAGAUCGUUAUCAUCUAACAAGAUAAUCUUAUUGAAGUGGCGGCCGGGGKCCCACACCCGUGAAAAGCCCAUUUCACGCAGCGAAUCAAGGCGCGCGCGACGACGGGGGCGGCAACCACGAACACGACCACGACCACGAUCACGACGGAUCACCAUAAUCGUUAUCGCUAUACGAUCGCAGCAGAACGACGACGACACGUCUCGACAAGAAAGGAGAAAGCACGCUCGCGUGCGUACGUACGUACGUGUGUGUGUGCGUGCGUGCGUGCGUCGCGUGCGGGCAAGCUGAGAAAGGGAAUAGGACAAGGGCGAGGGUGAAGAAGAACUUAGGAAAGGCGCGUGUAAUCACACCUGAUCAAAAGAGAGCCCUUAGGAACACUUCAUAAAUGAUUAUGCGGUGGGCGACAGUAGCCCUUAGUUUGGCGGUGAUCGCUUCAUUUAUCGACACUACCACAGCCAGAAAUCGUAAAAAUCGUCGGAACAAUAAUCAAAAACAAGUAACUGGUGAUAUAUCGCUUUGGAUCGAUCAACAACAAAUCAAAAUGUUUAGUGGUAUUGAGAUGGAGAUCUAUGUGAUCUCGGAGGGAAUUGUUUUAUCAUACCUUUUGGAUCCAGAACUUGAAAAUAAGUUGCCAAUUAUUCCUAGCGAAGUAUCUUACGUAAAUUUUACGUGGAAAUCUGGCGCUAAAAAAUAUUAUUAUAACUUUUAUCGACUGAAAUCUUUCGACGAAUCGAUUCUCAAGACACCAUCGAUUACGAUUAAAACUCAAGGACGAGUACCUAAAAGACCAAAAGAAUUUAGCGUUUUAUUACCUUGUACUGGAAAUAAUUCUGGAAUAGCACAAUUUGGAAUUGGUUUAAUGAUCGAAACGCGGAAAGGUAAACCUUUGGAUGGGACACCACUUCAUCUUAGCUUAAGAAAAGAAUGCAAUUUGCGCGAACCAAAUCCUGGACCUUGUCCGGAUGGUUAUUUAGGGCCGCCGCACUGUAAAAAAGCACUUUGUUAUCCAAAUUGUAUGAACGGUGGAAACUGUACUGCACCCGGCGUAUGUUCGUGCCCUCCAGGAUUUCAAGGACCUUAUUGCGAAGGGGGUAUUUGUUCGGAAAAAUGUUUGAACGGUGGAAAAUGCGUACAAAAAGAUACUUGCGAGUGUACAAAAGGUUACUUUGGUUUACGUUGCGAGUUCUCGAAAUGCGUUAUUCCUUGUUUAAAUGGAGGUAAAUGUAGAGGAACCAAUGUAUGUCGAUGUCCUAAUGGAUUUACAGGCGAUCAUUGUGAGAUAGGUAGACGUUCACCACAACGAUCAACUUGCACAAAAGCUUGCAAAAAUGGAACUUGUCAACCUGAUAACACUUGUCUUUGCGAUGCUGGGUGGUUUGGAAAAUUAUGUAAUAAAAAUAAGCCUUGGGCUUAAAAAUACUUCUCGAUAGUGGUAUUAUUUUCAUAACUAAUUGGAUUAACUAAACUAUUGACAUUUAUUUCGAAAUAUUGAGAAAGUAAAAUAUAAGUUUCAUAUUUUGUUGCAGAAAUAUAUGAAACAAAUCUUAAAAUAAAGAAAAGAUAAAAUGUGCAGAGAAUUUAUAAUCCAAUUGGUUAAUACCACAAAAAUCAAUGCGUUUAGUUUGUAAUUCAUCCCAACUGAGAUGUGAUAUGUAAAAUUGCUCGAAAGCAAUUUAAGCUAUUAAUUAUUAUUUUUAAUAAUAUACUUUUAUAUUGUUACAUUUGUAGCUAUGACUGUAAAAAGGAAUAAAA